AUGGUCCAGUGGGCGAAUUCGCAAGUAGGGGCGAGCAACACAAGAGGUCGUUGCCUCUUAUCUUUCAUCGAGGAAGAGCAAUCGCCGCCUCUCGGUGUGGCUAGGGGUUUCAAUGGGAAGGAGGCCAGAAAAGACAAUGGAAAUGGGGAAAAUGGUGCCAUUUUCUUGAUUUCACAAGUAAUCAGCCACUCUAAUGGUGUGUGUUCUUUACAGUCAAGUGUUUUUCAUAUAAACAACUUUGCCCUCUGUUACCCAUAUGCAUUUACACUCCAUCUUCUUCCUCAACCAGUCGUUGAAACGAGACCAUCGACCAUCACAUUCUUCAGCCACCUCUUCCCCCGCUCAAGCACUUCGUUCGCCGUUCCACCGACGUUGAUGUUGUCGGAUUCAUCCUCCGCGUCGUCGUCUUCCGCAAGUGGGUAUCAAAUUCCUUUCGGGAGGAAGUCGAUGUUGGAGGCAUAUGUUGACAUCGUUUUUAGGGCUUGGAAGGCUGCAAAUGGGGAGACAAGAGAGGAGAUAAGUUGGAAGCAUAUGCAGGCAUUGGUUGAUAUCUCAACUCAUGAGCAAGGUUAUUGA